CAUAAGAGAAUUACGACUCUCUUGCAAGUCGGUCGUCUCAAACUGCACGGGGAUUGCUCUGUUAGUGACUCAAAUAUUUUAAUAUAAAAAAUGCAACAUUGAAGUGCAAAAGUGAAUGAUUAAUAACGUUCAUCCAAGUUGCUGCGGAACUAUUAUAAUUUAUAAGCUAUGCUAAUACUUUUAUCUGACCUCGUCACACCUUGAUUUAAGGAUUCUGUUCCACUUUUGUUUCAGAUCUGUAACAUUAUUUGUGGAGUUAGCAGGCCGACUGUGCGAGGAUUUUAUUCUGGUGACUGCAAAUAUUUGUUCGUGAAUAUGUCGAGUGCUGUGAAAUUGGUAUUUGUGCUGUCUUUAUGGGCAGUAAUACAAUGUUCGCCUUAUGAUGACGGAAAGUACCAUCCAAAGAAAUACAGAGUAUACGAUGAUGGAGGGUACUACAGGCCUUUAGAUGAAGGCAAGUAUGUUCCUGGAGAUGAGGGAAAGUACACAUACAUAUACCAACAAGGUCUAUACCCAGAGGAUGAUGGCGACUACAGAUACGUACAUCAAGUUGGACCAAAUGGUGGAUUUGGGGGUAAUGGUGGCUAUGGAGGUAACGGUGGUAAUGGAGGAAACGGGGGCUAUGGUGGAAAUGGCGGUUACGGAGGAAACGGAGGUUUUGGACCGAAUGGACCAAACGGCCCCAAUGGUCCAAAUGGACCAGGUGGCCCUAAAGGACCACCCGGGCCACCCGGUCCACCCGGCCAUGGCGGUCGAGCGCCAAACCGUAUUGAUUACAUCGGUUCGAAGACAUAUGCUCAAAGAUAUCCCUACAUUCAUAAAGUGAUUAAGGGCUUGGUAGACAAAUAUGUGUCAGAUGAGGCUGUCAACUUCGGAGAUGAAUAUGAAGGAAGCACAAACCACUACAGAAAGGUGUAUGCUGAUAAGGAGAUUGCAGUGAAGUGCAGAUAUCUGGAACCAGCCUACAAUCAGACGGAGUUUGUGACACAAUAUCCUCCAACGCUGAAGCUGCCUCAUGGCGAAAAAUUCGGUUCCUACUACAGUUUUAGAGGUAGCAAAGUUCUAAAUACUGUGAAGAAUUCCCUAACAAACAAAGUGAAGCUGGAGUACGAAGUAUUUGUAAGAGUUGUGGACACAACAACAGAAUUCAUUGUCUUGGCCUUGAGUGCAGUCAGCAUCUCCCAAGCUGACGUAAGUCAUGUGGUGAAUGAUGGUCGGUACCACCCUGAACUCUACGGAGGCUACGACGGAAGGUACCUGGCGGAAAGGAAUGGCAAAUACGGCUCGAUCUACAACGCGUAUCAGCCACGAUACUAUCAGGCGCUAAGUCGGGAGCUUUUGACGCCCGUAGACAGCGUCGAACAACCGGUGGCCUUGCCUACAUCAGCUGUGUCAUACCGCACUCCAUUCUCUCCUGUUACUUACCGCCCGAUCGUAUACUCAACCCCGCGGCCGUUUGCUUUAAGCACCAAGGCUCCAAUAGUUUACCAGAAGUCUGUCACUGAGAAGACACCUGUAGUUUACCAGAAGUCUGUCUCCGAGAAGGCUCCUGUAGCAGUUUACCAUAAGUCUGUCUCCGAUGCUGCUGCCACUAUUCUGAGGGAGGACAGGACCUAUGAUGAAAACAAUUACCACUACGCAUACGAAACCAACAACGGCAUUGCUGCCGAAGAGUCCGGAAUUGUUGACGCUUCUCACAAUGGAGUCGGUGGAGGUACCAGGGUUAAGGGAUUCUACGAAUACAUAGGCGAUGACGGUCUUAAAUACAGAGUAGACUACAUCGCCGACGAGAAUGGUUUCAGAGCAAGCGGAGCUCAUCUGCCCAAAGCCCCUUAACCAAAUUAGUCAUAAUAAAUUAAAUACGAUGUAAAAUAUUUCGAGAGCACAAAUUAAAAAAAAUAAAGCAUU